AGCCUAGCUAGGGACCGUUCGCUAUCCCUGCGGUUCACCGGUCGGAGGGUUCGGGGGCCUAAGACACUGGCCUAGAGUGGGUAGCGCGGGCAGGCCCUGAAGAGGCCGGGUUCAGAGCCGGGAGGCGCGCGGGGGUGGGCGCUGCAGCCGCGGGUUGUUUAUCUGGAGUACGGAGGGGAGGGGGGAGCCUGGAAACCGCCCCGUGUCCCAUUUCCUCCUCUUGUUUUCGCUCCGGAUUCUCCAUGUUGGACCCAAACUGAGGAGCCCGGAGCUGCCACCGGGGGAUCGGGGCCGGGGGCACCCGGGGGAGCCGCUGCCCGGGCCGCCCGCCCUCUUUAUAGGCCUCCUCCCUUCCCGGCCCGGGGAGGAAACAAGAGGGGGGAUGUGAACAGCUGUGGGAGUCCGAGUCUUGGGAGCCGGAGCCCGAGCGGGCCCCCGCCCAGGCCCCCCAGCCCAACCCAGCCAAGCCUGCACGCCCGCCGGUCCUCCCGCCCAGCCAGCUCGGGCCCGCGGGAUUGUUAGAUGGAACACGGCUCCAUCAUCACCCAGGCGCGGAGGGAAGACGCCCUGGUGCUCACCAAGCAAGGCCUGGUCUCCAAGUCCUCUCCUAAGAAGCCUCGUGGGCGGAACAUCUUCAAGGCCCUUUUCUGCUGUUUUCGCUCCCAGCAUGUUGGCCAGUCAAGCGCCUCCACUGAGCUCUCCGCGUACAAGGAGGAAGCCAACACCAUUGCUAAGUCCGAUCUCCUCCAGUGUCUCCAGUACCAGUUUUAUCAGAUCCCUGGGACCUGCCUGCUCCCAGAGGUGACAGAAGAAGAUCAAGGAAGGAUCUGCGUGGUCAUUGAUCUGGAUGAAACCCUUGUGCAUAGCUCCUUUAAGCCAAUCAACAAUGCUGACUUCAUAGUGCCUGUAGAGAUUGAAGGGACCACUCACCAGGUGUAUGUGCUCAAGCGGCCUUAUGUGGAUGAGUUCCUGAGACGGAUGGGGGAACUCUUUGAAUGUGUACUUUUCACUGCCAGCCUGGCCAAGUAUGCUGACCCUGUGACAGACCUGCUGGACCGGUGUGGGGUGUUCCGGGCCCGCCUGUUCCGGGAGUCCUGUGUAUUCCACCAGGGGUGCUACGUCAAGGACCUUAGCCGCCUGGGGAGGGACUUGAGGAAGACCCUCAUCCUGGACAACUCACCUGCUUCGUACAUCUUCCACCCAGAGAAUGCAGUGCCUGUGCAGUCCUGGUUUGAUGACAUGGCAGACACAGAGUUACUGAACCUGAUCCCAAUCUUUGAGGAGUUAAGUGGAGCUGACGACGUCUACACCAGCCUUGGGCAGCUGCGGGCCCCUUAGCCUUCCUGCUUCCAAGCACCGGCCACCCCAGUAGGGGACUUUGCUAUACUGUGCCUUUCUGACCAGCCUGACGGACCAAGCAGAAGCUGGAGCACCUCACCAAAUGGGUCCUGGAAAUAGAAGUGAUUAGAAAGAGCUUUAGGGCAGGUUAGAUGUCAAGUGGGCAAAUCAGACCAACAGUAUCCUGAAGCUGCCUGCUCCCUGAGUUGGGCUCCUGAGAUUUGUGUGUGAAUAGAUGUGGGUGGAUAUGUCUGGAGGAGUGAGGAGUCUCCAGUGAGCCAUGGCCCCAGGAUAGCCAUUGUUUCAGCGGGAAAGAGGCUGAGAGAUCAAGACUCUUCCCAGGUUAGUUUGUCUCCUCUCCCAUCACCUGAUAAGCCGCCGAGCUUUACAGAGAUGAAGACUAUUGCGGGCUCCGUUGCCAAACCAUGGCCUUUCCUCAGUGUUGUAGGCCAGUGCCAAGGAGAAAGGAAGGGCCAAAGGCUGCCUUUGGAUGCCCUGGGGCACACACCUUUCUGAGAACUUCUCCAGCCAGCUGCUGUAGACAAAAAGAUGCCACUUCUGGAAGGAUGAGAACUUGUUUUCAGAACUAGCACUCCUGUGGCCAUCAGUCCCAAGGCCUUACGGCUGCACUUGCUUCCAGCUGAAUGCCUGCCAUGGGCCCUUUCUGGGUCUCCCCAAGGCUCAGGCCCUGGGCUUGCCUUCCUCACCAACUAGCCAUAGUCUUCAUCCUGUGAGGAAGGAAGUCUUUGCCCUGCCCUGGCCUGGAAGAGGACAGAUUACUGAUUUCCGUUCCUUUAACUGUUUAAAAUUCUCUUUCUAAACAUGGAGUGGUGGGCCUGGUUUGUUUCUGGCAAAGCUCUACCCCUGGGACUAAGAGGAAUGGAAGGUGCUGGGGUGGGGGGGGAGGGAGCGCUGCAGAAAAGAACAUGAAUGUGUGAGUCCUCUUGGCUUGUAGAUCAGCUAAGCUUCUUCCCAGAAGUCUGCUCUUCAGGGAUUCUCUGCUGGUGCUGGUGCUGGCCCAAGGACAUCGCUCUGAAGGCUGGGAAGGGCUCUCGGCUGCCCCUGCCACUCCCAUUGUGUGGGCAGGGCUCUUUCUUGUGGUGUCUUCCCUAGGGGCCUGUGCUGUGCCAAGCACUGUCUGUCUGUUCCAGCCUUCACCCAUCCAGCUCGUUGCUGUUCCUCUCCAGGGCCUCUGAACUCCUGCUUUUUCACUAUGGUGACAGGAUGGGUGUUCUGUCUUUUGGUUGCCAACCCUUAACGCACAUGCCUCUCGCCUCCAGUCUCAAGAGUGAGUGAGCCCCUCACAGACCUGCACUCUGGGUGUCUCUUGCUUUCAAAGGUUUUUAAUAGUAAAUGCUUU